GAUGAGUUUAAUGUUAUAAAUAAUAGAUUAGGGAAGCAUAAAGAGGUGAGUUGUAGGUAUUGUCCUUAUACAUGGGCUAGAGGAAGAGCUCAGGAAAUAAAAUCUUAUCUUGCAAUGAAAUGUAAAGGAAGAGUACCUAGAGAAGUUCGAGUUAAAGUACUUCAAGAUCUUCAAAAUUAUACCAAGAUAUUAAACCCUAGUUAUGAUCCACCUAAGCGCACCAUAUUAGCAUCAUCAAUUUUGGAUUCAGAGGUGGCAAAUAUCAUAAUUAAAGUAGAAAAUGAGCUAUCUAAGACCAAAAAUUUAACUUUAUGUGUAGAUAAUUUUUCAAAGUUUUUACAUACAGCAAAUUUUAAUGCUGAAAAAAUCAUAGAGGUAUUAGAAAACAUUGGGCCCAAAAAAUUUAUAGUCAUAGUUUCUGAUGCUGAAAUGUCGAUGAUAGCAGCAAAAAAACAGAGCAAUUACGGAAUAUUCUCAGCUCAGCAAAAUGAGCUCAAUUUUCUUGAGCCUGGCGCAUACAAAAAUUAUGUUCUUAAAAAAGCACUAGAAAUAUGGAAACAAUUAGGUGAUAGUCAAAUAAGUGCUGAUCUUUUAAAAACUCAGAUAAGUUUGUACAAAAAUCAUGAAACCUUCUUUGAUGAUAGAUUUAUUGCAUCUGCUGAUACAAUUACUAAUUGUUUCCCUUAUAAUGCCACCUAUAAGCAUGUAUUUAGUAUAUUGAACUGGUAUUUUGGAAAAAGAUAUACUAGAUUAAGUAUUGAAUGCCUGGAGGUUAUAGCUCAGAUGCAUUCAUUUCUAGUUGAAAAUGCUAAAUUAGAACAAAAUUAUGUAGAUCAAAAUAUUAGCCAAGAAGAUCUUUUGUCAAUUUUUAAUCAAAUAGCAAAUUCCGUGAAAGAUGGCACUAACUUGUUUA